UGUCUCUGUGUGUCUCUGUGUGUGAGGACAGUUGUCGUGCAGCAGGUGGUCGUUGCAGAUUUAUUUAGCAGCAGCAGAAGCUCCCAGUCAGCUGUGAACUUCCUGAGGCUCAGACCAGAACCGGAGCGGAACCAGAGUGGAACCGGACCUACCGAGCCCGUCAGAACCAGGUCCGGGUCUCCAGGAGGGUCUAGAGAUUUCUCUGGGUCAGGAUAUGGACGGACUCUGAUCCGGAACCAGCUGCAGGCCGCUGCUUGCCGCCGAUGGAGACGAGGUUGCCAUGGAAACGUUGCAUCCACCUGACUCUGCUGCUGGUCCAGCUGCGUUUACCUGAAGGUACGAAAAUAACUCCACGAAAGUGGGCGGAGCCAAGAGACACGGAGAGGCGUGGCCACGUCUGGAUCACCAUCAUCUUUAAGAGCUGGCGGCAGUGUACCGACCAGCAGCUGUACCAGGCGGAGCUGGAUCACGUUCCCGCUGCCUUCGCCGACGGCUCUCAGUGGAGCGGCGAGCGACGGGGCCGCCGCGUCCUGACGGUGCGGACCGACAGUCCCGGCCGGCACGCCGAGAUCCGGGCGGCGUACAUCGGUACGCUGUUGGUGGUGCGGCAGAGCGGCCGCUCGCUCGGCCUGUCCGUCCGCUCGCCCCGCGGCGUCCUGGAGGCCUUCCACCCGGACCACGACCUGCAGCUGUGCGUGUGGGGCUGCCCCGCCUCCCACCGGGUGGACGCGCUGCGCACGCCGCCGCACGCCGCCGGCGCCGCGGAGGCUCAUUGCGCCGCGCUGCUUCCCACCCGGGACGUCUACUACCACGCAUGCGUGUUCGACCUGACCGCCAGCGGGGACCUGAACUCCAGCGGAGCCGCGGUAGGCGCCCUGCAGGACGCCCGCAGCAUGACCGGCAGCGGGCAGGGCGUCCACCUGCUGCCCGUCGCUGCUGCGGGACCUGCGGGGCCGCGGCAGCCGCUGGUCCCGCUCAGCAUGCUGGGAGUUCUGGGCGGGGCCUGGAUCACCUGCUGCUAAUUACAUUCACUCGAGUAAGUUUUUGAGAUAAAAAUAAAUUAUUGUCAAUCUGGUUUUUAAAAUAUCAUCAUUUUCUCAUAACUUUGUUUUGAUUUGUCUGAUUAUUUAAGUUAUUAAUAUGAAAUGAUGUUUUUUCAGUUACUCUGCACUUCAGUUUCCUUUUAACCAAAAUUUUUUUUCUUCUAACUCGAGUAAUUUCUUCUACUGGAUAAAAACGUGUCAGGUUUUGUUCCCACCACUGGACGUCAAGAGGCUGCGGCAGGUGAUCUUCAUCGUUUUGAUGCAGCUGGAAUUAAAUUAAAAAUCCAGUUUUUCACUUUUCAUGGACACUCAAACAGAGUUCGCUCCAGAGUUCAAAAAACUGCAAACCAUAUUUGUUCUCAGCUGCUGCACAUUAAUGUGAUUCUCAGGUCCGUUUCCAGGGCGACUGUUUCAUAAAGACAAUACAUUUCUGUUUCAUCAGUCAAAAGUCACUUCUGAGAGACUCGGACUUCAGCUGCUGCUUCUGUGUUUGGAGUAAAAAUUGAUGUUCAGACGGUGCAGUUUUGGUUCUGCAGAGGAUCCAGUCGGACUUUAAGAAACGGCUUAAAACGGCUGUUUUCAUUUUAAAGCAUUUCAGCAACAAGCUGAUGCAAAAACAAGCAAAGAACUUUAUGUUGACUCUACAAAACAAAGAUGAAAAGUUGGAAAACAGACUAAAAUCAUUGAUUUAUUUAUUAUUGAUCAAAGACAAAGUGUUUGUUUAACUCUGAUCUAAAGGAGACCCAGCAUUUUCAGAUGUUAAACACAUUUUGUUUUGUGAGCCGUAACGUUGAGUUCAGUCUCAGUCUGUCCAGUUUUCUUUAUUCUCUUACAGUUUUUAAACUCUACUCUUCAUCUUUGUUGUAGAUUUGAACUUCCAGCUAACCACUUUCACAAAUCCGCCAUUUUUUUUCUCGCAGUGAUUUUUUUUCAGGGUUAUUAAAGUUACAAGUAAACAAAUAAAAAUAUUUGGUGUUUGGUUGUAUUAACCCACACAACAUAUUGAUAUGACAUCCAGGCUGUUUUGCUAGCGGUAGCAUUCUGCUAAUGUUAGCAUGUGUGCUAGCUUUUAGCUCCAUCCAUCCAUCCAUUUUCUUGCACCCUUUUUCCCU